AUGGACAUUCUAGAAGAAGAGGCCAUUCUGCACUGGGUGGAUACGCUGGAUGAGGGCUCAGAAUUGAAACAAAUAAUGAAGCCUAUCGUGGACUGGUUACAAGAAGAUAGUGAAGAGGAAAGUGAGGUCGAUUAG